AGAGGAGCUGAGGAGACACUGAGGAGUGGGACUGUGGAGAGGAAGAUACACAACACAGCUAAACGGCUCUUUACUAUUUAAACCAGCUUUUACCAAACAACAUCAUGUCUGCGGCUUGUUUCGCUUUGAGCAAGAAUGUCUUGGCUUUACGGAACUCUAGUGCCAUUAUGCUGGUGCGAUACGCUCAGACAGCAGCAGCUCCAGCUGCUGAACCGCGGAUAAAGAAGUUCCAGAUUUACCGCUGGGAUCCCGACACUCCCGGAGAUAAACCUCGGAUGCAGACAUAUGAGAUUAAUCUGGACACUUGUGGACCAAUGGUUUUAGACGCCCUUAUUAAAAUCAAGAAUGAGAUGGACCCAACUCUCACAUUUAGACGCUCCUGCAGGGAAGGAAUCUGUGGUUCCUGCGCAAUGAACAUUAAUGGAGGAAACACACUGGCUUGUCUCAACAAAAUAGACACUAACACAAGCAAACCCACUAAGAUCUACCCACUGCCACACAUGUACGUGGUGAAGGACCUGGUACCAGACAUGAGCAACUUUUAUGCACAAUACAAAUCCAUAGAACCGUACCUGAAAAAAAGGGAUGAGAGUGAAGAGGGAAAGAAUCAGUAUUACCAGUCAAUGGAAGACAGACAGAAACUGGACGGUCUGUAUGAGUGUAUCCUGUGUGCCUGCUGCAGCACCAGUUGUCCCAGUUACUGGUGGAAUGGAGACAAGUACCUGGGUCCCGCUGUCCUUAUGCAGGCUUACCGUUGGAUGAUUGACUCUCGUGAUGAAUUCACUGAGGAGCGGCUGGCUAAACUGCAGGACCCCUUCUCUCUUUACCGCUGCCACACUAUUAUGAACUGCACAAAAACAUGCCCAAAGGGACUAAACCCAGGAAAGGCCAUUGCAGAAAUCAAAAAGAUGAUGGCCACUUAUAAGGAGAAGAAGGAGGCAGCUUUAUAAAUAUAAACCAGUUUUGUGUGAAGAUGUACUAAAGACACUUGAAUAUAUGGAGCAGGGAUCUCUGUCAAGUACAAGACUUAUUCACAAAGACUUUAAAAUCCCCUUUCAGAGUUUGGGUACAUUGUGAAUACUGGUUUGACAAAUGGUAUCAUAUACUCUUGAUGUAAAUAUAAAAAAAAGCGCAUGUGCAAUUAUUGUGUGGAUAAAUCUGAGGUGCUGUUAAUAUUUUCCUCAUGUAAAUAAACUCAGUUGUAAAAGGUUC